GUUCUCAGCUCAAUGUGUAUAUGUAUUCUAUGAAAAAAAAAAAAGAUAUAUAUUUUUAAUGGUGGAUAACCACACCUUUCAAACGUUUGAAAGUAUUUUGCCGGUUAUUUGAUAAAUAUUUGUUACUUAAAAAAGUGUUUAUAGUAGAAAUAUUUUUUCUCAGCGGUAUGAUUUUUGUGUGAUUUUAUAUUUUAAUAUUAAAAUUAACGUUUUUUUUUUAGUUGUACCUUAGCAGCAAUGUCAAAUGAAUCUCUUAAACCUUUUCGAAACAUUGAAACGCCGGGCUAUGUUGGUUUUGCCAACCUGCCAAACCAAGUUCACCGCAAAUCCGUGAAGAAAGGUUUUGAAUUCACCUUGAUGGUUGUGGGAGAGUCUGGCCUUGGAAAAUCGACUCUAGUGAACACCCUCUUUCUAGCAGACCUGUAUCCAGAGCGAAUUGUUCCUGAUGCUAUUGAGAAAACUCAUCAAAUCGUUAAAUUGGAUGCUUCUACUGUUGAGAUAGAGGAAAGAGGUGUAAAGUUACGUCUUACUGUUGUUGAUACACCAGGAUUUGGAGAUGCCAUAGAUAACACUGACAGUUUUCGUUCAAUUAUUCAGUACAUAGAUGACCAGUUUGAAAGGUUUCUACGUGAUGAAAGUGGGCUGAAUCGGCGAAAUAUUGUUGAUAAUAGAAUUCAUUGCUGCUUUUAUUUUAUUUCUCCUUUUGGGCAUGGGUUGAAACCUCUAGACAUUGAAUUCAUGAAACAGUUACACAACAAAGUCAACAUUGUUCCAGUUAUUGCAAAGGCAGAUGUUUUAACGAAGAAAGAAAUGCUUCGUCUGAAGAAACGAGUAUUGGAGGAGAUUGAGAGCAAUGGCAUCAAGAUUUACCCUCUGCCAGAUUGUGACAGUGAUGAAGAUGAAGAAUACAAGGAGCAAGUACGCCAGUUGAGGGAGUCUGUGCCAUUUGCAGUUUGUGGUGCAAAUACUCUGCUCGAAGUGCGAGGACGCAAAGUACGUGGACGUUUGUAUCCCUGGGGGGUUGUGGAAGUAGAGAAUCCAGACCAUUGUGAUUUCAUCAAACUUCGCACUAUGCUCAUAACUCAUAUGCAAGACUUACAAGAAGUGACUCAAGAAGUUCAUUAUGAGAACUACCGUUCAGAAAGGCUAGCAAAAGGAGCACCGGUACCCAAAAGACAAACACCUUCGGUUUUUGAGGAGAAGCCACCAACAGGCGAUAAAGAUCGCAUAUUACAAGAAAAGGAAGCAGAAUUGCGACGCAUGCAAGAAAUGUUAGCAAAAAUGGAAGCUCAGAUGCAACAGCAGCAGCAUUAAUUAUUUUAUGAUGUCUUCAAGGGUAUGGAGUACUCAGCCAGUGAAGUGAACAGAUAAAUGUCAGUCAAUAAAUCAUGAGAUUAUAGAGGAAACAUUGAUUGAUUUGAAGGUACACCAGAGUCUAUGUUAUUGGUCACUAUCCCCAAGAUCAUUUUGUAACUCUUUCAGUUAUAUCACCCAACAUUCUUGGGUUUCAUAGCAACAACAAACAUAAUAACAAUGCUUCACAGUUGUGAACUGUCAGUAUGUAGCUAAAUACCACAAACAGAACUGUUUGGUUCACCAGUUUAUUGUAUCACAUUGUGGCCCACUCAGGGAUGUAGCCACAUGGGGCGGCAUGGGGCGGUGAAACCCACACUCGGAAAUCGCCGACCCACACUAAUUUUAUCUAAAAACCAUAUCUCUAUUCCUGGAUGUAUGGCAAGGAAUGUUAUCUCCUUGUUGCGCUAAGCAGUUUUUGCCGCCUGGCCGGAGCUGGAGGAGUGAAUAUGGAAGGGGGAUGAGCUAUUUUUAGACAGUCUUGCUGCGUGUGAUGUGCCGCUGCAGAGAAGCUCUCUGCUACUUCCUUCCCACCCCAAGUCUCUACGUUGCUAGGCAACCAUUCCUCCCCCUCUUUCCUUACGUUGGAGGGACAAAGACAAGGUCAAACACUCCGUGCCGCCUAGCCUGGCUCGUUUGCCGCCGCGCGUCUGAUGAUUUAGAGAUAACAGUGCCGCCAGGCGUCAACAAAGGACCUUCCUAUAUUCCGUGUUAAGUGACAAGCAAACCACUCUACUGCACCAUCAAAAGUGACAUGUAGGCCUAUACUAAAACAUUAAUCUGUUGUAUGAGUGUCAGAGUGGAUAGGUCAGUUGGACUUGUGAAAGUUUUUCUUUGUUAUUGAGAGAAGGCUUGUGUAUUAUGAGGUGAUGAGUAUAUUUACUUGUUACUUCCAAUGGCCUAUUUCUAGAGUGCCAAAGGAGUGAGUGAAGAAUUUGUGAAAAAUGGUAUACUAAUAAAACUUUUGUGAGAAAACUAACAUAAAUAAGCCAUUAGUUUUAGUAAUAACAUUGUCGGUUCUGUAUUUAUUUUAAGAUAUUCACAAAGGGCUUUCUUUUACAGUAGUGUAAACAUGUCUAACAAUGGGAAAAGAAAUCAGACAAUUACAAAGUUUUUCGUUUCACAACCAAGAAAAAAACGGGAAAUUUUUCUGGACAGUGAGAAUGUUCAUUCUGAGGAGACUACCAAAUCAAAUUGUAAAGUAUCAGAGUUAGAAAACAAGUGCCUUGUGACAAACACUGCGCCUAUUGAAGACCAGCCACCAGUGCCAUCAACUAGCUCAUCAAGUGUUGUGGGUGUAUCUACAGAAGACCAGCUACCAGCAAGCACACUAACACCCUCAACUAGUUCUGCAGUUGCAGUGGGACGAAAACAAGCAGUCACAUUUAGGCGAGAGUGGAAAACUAACAGAGCAUGGUUGGUUUACAACACAGAUGCUAAAGGUAUGUUCUGCUUGCUGUGUCAAAAAUUUAACAAAACUCCUUUUGAUAGAGAUACUUGGACAAAAUCCCCAUGCACUCGUUUGCGAUUGGAAAGUGUUGUUCGACACGAAAAUUGUGCUGCACAUAUUGAUUCACUUAAACUUGAAUUGCAAGCCAGCCUUCAUGGUCCCAUCAGUGACAAAAUACAGCCAAGCAUGUGUGAGGAAGAUCUCAUGAAAGCGUUUGCAUGUCUACACUUCUUGUGCAAAAAGAAAAUUCCUCAUACAACAAACUUUGAGCCUAUUUUGGACUUGGCAUGCUUUCUUGGUGUUCCCAUCAAAGACACAAUUCGUGUAGCAAAAAAUGCUAAUUACUGUAGUAGAACAUCCAUUCAAGAUAUGGUAAUUAGUUUAUCCACUGUGAUAGAAAAUGAGAUCUUGGGCAAGUUACAAAAUGCACCAUUCUUCUCAAUUGAAAUUGAUGAGACUACAGAUUCAGCUGUAGUUGAACAAUUAGUCAUUCAUGCAUGUUAUGUUGACAGUGAAGGUGUCCUGCAAAGCAGUUUCCUGAAAAUUAUUGACAUUCUCAGUGACUUAGGAAAUAGUGGCCUUAGUGGUACAAAAAAUUGUACCUCAAAUUUGCAAGGUGUUGCCCUGAACUCUGUUAACAUUUCAAAUGCUGUUAUAUCAUAUUUGCAUGAUAGUGAUCUAUGUUUCUCAAAGCUGUGUGGUAUUGGAACAGAUGGUGCACCUGUUCUUACAGGUAAACAUAAUGGGGCAGUUAAAAAGAAAAGAGAGAAACAGGUAGAAAUUCAGCAACAGCUAGGUGUAGAAAAUGUAUGUGAAGCUGUUGGUGUACACUGUGCAGGCCACAGGUUGAAUCUGGCUGUAUCGCAAGCUGCUGAAAAGACCCUUGGAAUAAAAAAAUUCUGUGACAUUAUGAGGCAGGUAUUUGACUUUUACCAAAACAGCUCUGUCAGAAGUGCUGGCCUGCAUGAAUUACAGUGUCUAUUUCCUCAAGAUCCACAAGGCAAGGUCAAGCAGCCUAGUCAUACAAGGUGGUUGAGCUAUGGAGAAUGUGUACUUCGGAUGAAAGAUAUUUAUCCAAGUGUUGUACUUAGUCUUGAAAGGGAAUGUGAAGAAAGAAAUGAUGCAAGGGCUCGGGGUCUGUGUUCUUAUGUGACUGAAUUCUCAUUCAUUGCAACACUGUUGUUAAUGUGUGACGUAUUACCCAUCAUGAACCGUCUUUCUAAAAUAUUUCAACAGGAAAAUGCUGAUUUGAGUAUUGUGAAGUCUUUUGUAGAUUCAACGAUCAACAAACUUCAGAGACUGAAAGAUUUUGAAGGAUUAAAUGAGAGGGAAAUUGCAUCAUAUUUGGAAAUGUGUGCAAGUAAAGGUGUCUCAGUUCACACCAAGCCAACAAAUGCUGCUCAUUUCAAGAACAUUAAAUUACAGUACCUCCAAACACUAAUUGAAAACAUUCAAGUCAGAUUUACCGAUUGUGACAUUCUAACAUGUUUUUCCAUUUUUAACCCUACACAUCUUCCAUCUCCUCAUGACCAUCGCUUUGAUGUGUAUGGAACAGAAGCUAUAAAACUGUUGUCUGCAAGAUUUGGAUUAGAAUCAAGACUUUGCCUACAAGAAUGGUGUGAAAUCAAGCAAUACAUGGCUGAUAACCACAGGAAAAAGACUUGUACAGAAGUGGUCCACUUUCUUUGCACUGACAAAACAAUUGGCAGUUUGUUUCCAAAUAUAGCCAAACUCGCACAAGUGUACAGAGUCAUUCCACUUCACACAGCUGACUGUGAGAGAGAUUUCUCUCAAAUGAAGCUCAUAAAAACUGACUUGAGAAACAGACUGAGUGAGUUCACGCUUGAUUCCCUGCUUCGCAUUUCGCUGGAAGGUCCAGAUGUUCAAGACUACCCAUUUAAAACUGCAGUUCAGCAUUGGGCAGCACAGAAGAACAGAAGAAUUCGCUUGAAAUAGAAGUGAACGUUAACGAUGGUUGAGAAAAUUUGGUUAAAUUUAAACGGGGGUGUUGUUUUUCCUAAAACAAUUGACGUUAAAGUUGUGGUAUUUAAUUUGCUGUGUCGCCAUUUUUUUGCAGGCAACCCACACUCACAUUUUCCUAGCUACAUCCCUGCCCACUACACGAGCAAUUUAGCGACUAAAAAAAAAAGCUUAAAAUAUAUCAAUGAAAGACAUCUGGCAUAAUAUAGGGUUAAAACAAUUGAGAUUAGUUUCCAACCAUUAAUAUCUUAGUAACACUGCAGAAUUUUUUUAAAAGCAACCUGAAGAUAAAAUUUAGUCCAUAGCAUUCAAAAUGUUUAGGCAUGUGCAAAAUAAUUGUCAACAGUGCAUUUGCAGAAUGGUGGUUAUCUACUGUCAAUUGUGUUGUAAAGAACCUGGUGUAAAUUGUCAACUCUCAAUUAUCCACUUUGCGGCUUAAUCUGUUUGCUGAUUCUAUUGAAUCGUAAAAUAAGCUUAUUUGAUUCUCUGGAAAUUCCUGCAAAAAUUGAGGGAUUGGCAAUAAAAUUUAAUUGAAUUAAUUUUGGCCAGAAAGGGGUUGUAUUGUCACUACCCUUAAUUGAUAUGCCUCAGUAUGUAAAACAAAACAAAUUUAAGGGGAAAAAAACAAAACUGCAAUUUUAUUGUUCUAUUAUGACUCCAGUAACACACUACUCAUUUCACCACACUCCUCGAAGGCAGGUUAACGUGUGACUUCAUGAGACAAUAUACUUAUUUCUUCUAUGCUUGUCCCGUAUGUCCUUUUGCUAUUAGAGAUGACCAGUCUAUUACAGGCUUAUCACCCAUCUCUAUCCAUAUUCCAUUCCCAUAUGCAAGGUUAUCUGAUUUUUAGAUAAUGACAUGAGGCAGGCUCGAAUUACAUUGCUAUGUGUUUAAGCUUAUUUUUUAUACUUGAAGUUUUCUUGAUUUAUAGUGUGAUUUUAUUUGUGUGAUGUCUAUGUAAUGAAACUAACAUUUAAAUCAAUUAAAUAUUUUUCUAAAUGUACUGUAAGCAGUCCUAGAAUAUGAACUUGUUAACACAGCUUAAACUUGUGUGUAAUUCACUCACACACAAGUGGUACAUUUUUGCGAUUACAAGAUGUUCAGAACACCUGUCUGUCGUAAAAUUAUAUUUGUAAGUCAUGUCACUGAAAAAAAUUAUUUUAUGAUGAUAUUGUAAAACUUAAUGUAAUGCAGCAAGCCACUGAAAAUGGACUUUACGCUAGCUGCUUGUGAAAACAUUAGGUGAAAUUCCUUGUUUAUGCUUUAUUUUGGCCACAAUGGAAGGUUGUUUUUGCCCUUCUGUGGUAUUGUUUUAUUCGAAAGAUGUAAACCUACUUAUAUAAAUUUUCAUUUUGAUAAAAAUUCAGUCAUCAUUUUCAUUUGGGCUUCAUUUGCAUUUUGCUAAAACCUAAUCAUCAUCUUUGGUUUGAUUUAUGCAAUAACAAUAAGUUGUACCUGCCCUUCUGUUUCAUUAUUUCGUUUAGAACACAUGUGACUAAAGAAACAAAUUAUAGUUUUAACUAUUAAAUCAUUAAGUUUUUUGCAAUGAAAUUUUGAAAGUGUAAUUUGCGGUUGCUGCUCGCUAAACAUUCAACGUGGCUUUUUUUAUACUUACUUUGGUGGGAAAGAAGGGAAAGAAUUCCUUCUAAAGUAUCAAUAUUUGAAAGACAUUCUGCAUUUGUUUAAAUGAACCUUUUAUUGACACCGGUUUUGGGUACCAAUGUUUUCUUAACAUAUAUUUGCUCAAUGAAUCAUGCAUUUAUUUUUUCUUACAGUUCACAUAGUUUUGCUAAAGUUGUAUUACUUGGUAAAUGACUGCUAAUGAUGAACUGUAUGUGUCUUAAUGUAACAAUGAAUCUAAGAUGUUUUUAUAUUUUUAAACCCAAUUCUGUAAUCUCAGGGAGAAAUGUUUUUUUUUUAAAUAUGAAGAAUAAAAAAAAGAGUUGUGGAUGUAAAAAGAAUGGCUUGAAUCUAGGUACACAAACUACCUAAUGUUAAUACUCUAAUUUGUGCUGUAAGUAUUACAUUCAUAGUAAAUAAAGUGAAUUAUUUCUAUA